UUCAAGCCGUGGUGCACUCUGCGAUGCUGCAACGUUAUUUAGGACAUGUUUGUUGACAAAGAUAUGAACAAUUCAACCGCCGCAGUGCUUUCUGCAUGACUGCAAGCGCUUGUAAACAAUUCCUCCAUCGAAUAUUAUACAUUGUUUGUACUUGUUACAAAAUGGUGUGACUUAUAUGCAGUAAACCCGAGUACAUCCAGAGCAGAGAUCAGGAAGAUGUCUCAAAACACGUACGGUGUAACAGGAGAAGAUCAAAGCGACCAGAAUGCACGGCUCACCAACAAGCACAUUAAAACUUUAAGCUUUCUGCAGGAUGUUGCCAGGGAAAACAAAGAGUUAAGAGCUCGCCUUGACCAAUUGGAGGAGGAGUUGAGUCAGUGUGGAGAGCUGCAUGCACUCGGUAACGAUGCUAAGGAACGAAUCAAGAAACUGCAGCAAGAUUUCAACAGACGUCUGGAUACCAACAAUAGGACACUGACACAGAAACACAAAGAUGAGAUUAUGCAGUUAAUAUCCAGUAAAUUGGAUGCAGAAACUGAAUGGCUGAACGAACGAGAACAGCUGCAGUCUUUGAAUCAAGCGCUGGAAGAGAAGAAUGCCCGGCUUACCGAUCAGUUAGACCAACUGAAAAAGCAUGACCUUAAGCUAGAUGUGCUGAUCCAACAACUUGAUCGUACCAUCGCCCAAGUCAUGGAAUUGAAGACAGCAAAUGAGCAUCUCUCCGCCGAAAGCACACGCCUGGCAAAUGAGAACAUUGGCCUGAAGGCUGACGCCAACCAACUCCAAGAUUGUGAAGCUUGCAGGGAACGUCUGACCUUGGAGCUGGGUGAAGCCCAUCAAAAGAUCAAGGAGUUCACGUUUAAGAUAGAACACCUCGAGAAUGAGUUGGAAUCAGCGAGGAGCUUCAAACAGGAGAAGAACGAGGGUAACGAGAAACUGAAGAAGUACGUUGCGAGACUGAGCAAAGAGGCGAUAGCGUAUCAGCAAGAGAUUGCCAGGGUGAGUGAGAGCGAGACAUCCUUGAGAGGAGAACUGGAGGAGAAGUCGACAGAGCUCCAAGAGGAGCUUGUUGAGAGAGAUAGGAUGCUUGCCUUCAUCGAGAGACUCCAAGAUGAGAUCCGAAAGAGAGAGGUCCUCCUCGCUGACAGCUUCCCCAAGAAACCCAUCGUUGAGAAAUCAGAAGGAUUGAACUUUAGGGAAUUUGUUCACCUGAAACGAGAAGUAAACUACCUGAGAGAGGAGAAUGAGGGGCUACGCCUUUCAGAGAGGAUGAAGCCGUUGGCGUUACCUAGCCUGAAGGGUCCAUCACCAGGAGGAGAUGUUAAGGAGAAGAAGAAGAACAAGGCGAGCAGGAACAGUGCGUCUUCAUCCAAGUCUUCCAUCUUGAGCAUCUCUAAUAUUAGGUAGCAGUUCUGUAAAGUGAGAUGCAACAAUGAUAAUGUUAUCAUAAACUUGUUAUCGCACAUGAUUUGUUUAAACUUCCAUGUAAAGGAUAGACCCAAUGUUGGUUUUGGUAUUGUAUCCACAGUUUGUGUGAUCCAACCUUUUUUAGUUCAUGGGUAGACCAGAUUGAAUAUGACGUCACCGUUCAAAUAUCUGCCCUACAAGAUGGUGUCUGUGCGCGUGUGCGUAGUUGUGUGCGUGCAUGUGCCGUAAAAAUCAAACCAGGAAUGCUGCGUAUUCACAAACGGCAGUGAAAAACCCGAUCACUGUUUUCAAAGAUCAGAUGAAUGACUUGGCGGGAACCAAAUUGGAUUGUUUUACUUUAUUUCUGAAAAACUGUGCAUUAGGCAAAACAAAUUCAAUGGAAGUUUUCCAACAUGUUCAUCUUUAUACCAUGUAACUUAUGUGCAAAUCUGCGUAUGUUUAUAUUGUUAAUCUUACCAAUGCCAUGCACACAACAACACAUUCAUCACCUUCUGUUGGAGAGUACUUAUAUAUUAUGCUUGUCUUGCAUAAUAGUUUUCUACAAGGUCUGCCUUGUUUUUGUUUUUUUACUUGAGUUAAGUUUUAAUAGGUGCUGAGUGGUCAAGAUCAAACCAGGCCUGUAGUUGUAUUUUUCAAUGCUGCCAUAAAUCACAAAAUAGUGCAAAGUGUAUAGUCAAAGUGACAGUUCUUGUAAUUAUUCAAAAGUACAUACAAAAGUAAACUUUAAACAAUGGAAUUAUGAAUUCUCAACCAGUUACUGUAUCCGUACACCUUCCCUCCAAAUAAAAGGGAGGGCACAUGCAGGAACUGGGUCAAAGUUUAUAGUUUUAUUGUACAGCCACUGGCCUGCUUUGAUAAUGAUGACACGGACCCUUUUGUAUAUAUACUCCAUAGAGACUUUUUAUACCGUCCAUGUAAAUAACCUUAAAAUUAAAAAAGUACCAAAAGAAAAAUAUGCAUCUUGUGUGUUUAUGAAAUUAUAUAUUUAUUUUGGAUCAAAAGAUCAAUCCUUCUGCUUUUUAAACUGAUUGUAUUGAUCGGGUUGGACAAUAGACCUUAUGCAAAUGUUGUCAUUUAAGUAGGACGCCCUCAGCUUUAGGUCAAAAGAAGGUUGAUCAUUGGCUCAACCUAUGUGCUGCUUGUACAAAGUUUGCGUUUUCCAUAUCACCAUCCUUUUAUAUUUUAGAUGAUGGCAUUUAUAAUGACAUCAAUGGAUAAGGUACAUUGUGUUCUGGAGUUUUUGUUUAGUGUACUCUUACACAUUUCUUCCCCAAUUUUAAAAAGAUGUUCAUUCUUGUCAGGGUUACUAGGAUGAAGUAAACAAAAAAAGAAUAAUACUUGCGGAUAAUUUUGUGUCAAAAUAUAGAUAUUACAAACAUUCUUUAUGGUCUGUUAUUAGUUUUGUUUUACCUUUCACCGUUGUUUGUUAAGCACUUUAUACUUUCCGAGUCAAAAACAAAAACCACAGGUGUAAUACUUGGGUGAGAUUCAAACCCAUAACCUUUGCCAUUCUAGAUGUCAUGUUUCUUUCUUGUUCUAAUUUCCAUGAACACUCUAGCACACUCUUAGUUCAAGGUAUUUUUCUAGGAGUGUGUGAUAAAAUUGAAACUUCAUUAAAAAAGUGUUACCUUUUGUGGACAAUUUUGUCAGAAUGUAGACAUAAAACAAAACGUUUAUCUGAGAGAGAUUUGUAAAGCUUUUCAUUGUGUAGAGGUAAGAGAUACUUAGUUUGUGGUUGAUAGCCAUGUAGUCUCUUAUUGGAAAAAAGUCUUGGUUCUGUAAAGAAUUGAGUGUGUGAGAUGGGUCUCGACAUUUGGAAAAGUGUACUCUGCUCUUUUUAUAAAAACACUCGACAUUUACUAAAGGAUAUGAGCAGCUUGUGUGAAGACAUUGCUGCUUCAAGUAGUUCAAUCUGCGUCUAAAAACAUUUCUUAAAGAUCAACUUGAAAUGAAUUAAGAUUGUUUUUCCCUUGUUACAGAAAGGUAAACCGGUGUAUGAGUGUUUAACUGUACACAAAAUGAGUGAAAUUAUAAAAGAAAUGGUUUCAUAAUGUGAAAAAAACAAUCACUUUUAUCAGUGUUGGGCUGGGCAAAAAUUCUGAGUUUCACAAAAAGUCCCUAAGUAACUAGGAUUGAAAACAGCACUGUGAGGGCACACUGUGAACUCAAUCCAAACAAGACGAUGAAAGGUGCGUGUUGUGACAUAUUUUACGAUUACAGCAUGAACUAGUUUGUUUAUGCUGGUUUUCUGAGGCACUGGUACUUCACUGUUGAUUUCAAUUUUCAAUUUUCUGGGUCUUUGCUAUGAACCCAUGCAGGGUGCCACCAACGGUGAAAAAAAAAACCACUGGUCCAAAAA